AAGAAGAAAAAACCUGACCCCCCCAAAAACCGCAACUGCUUUCCCGGAAGUGAAGAAGCAGUGGGAGAACCGGUGCUUCAACAACCUUUCGGUUUUUGCUAGUUUUCUUUUUUUUAACUUCACAUGGCUUACCCAGGAUACGGUGGGUAUGGCAGCCCAAUGCUACCCUAUGGAGCGCCUGGAGGACCAAUGGGGGGCCACAUGCCCAGUCACAUGGGUGGACCAAUGGGAGGUACACCGCCCCGGGUUGGUGGAUAUGCCCCUUACGGGGGAGGAUAUCCCAGCACAUACGGCGUUCCAAACCCAGCUGCUAAUGACCCAAUGUGGGGUUAUUUCACAGCCAUUGCUGGCCAGGAUGGUGAGGUGGAUGCAGAGGAGCUCCAAAGAUGUCUAACUCAAGCUGGCUUCACUGGAACCUACAGCCCAUUCAGCCUGGAGACAUGCAGAAUAAUGAUUGCGAUGCUUGAUAGGGACUUCACAGGAAAGAUGGGCUUCAAUGAGUUCAAGGAGUUGUUUAUGGCUCUGAAUGGCUGGAAGCAGAACUUCAUGAUGAUUGACCGAAACAGGAGUGGGACUGUGGAGCCUCAUGAGAUGAACCAGGCAAUCAGCUCAAUGGGAUACCGCAUCAGUCCUCAGGCUCUGAACGCCAUCCUCAAGCGCUACAAUAAACGUGGACGCAUCUUCUUCGACGACUAUGUGGCCUGCUGUGUCAAACUUCGAGCUCUGACAGAGAAUUUUAAGAGGAGAGACACAAUGCAGCGAGGUUCCGUCAACUUCCAAUAUGAUGAUUUCAUCAUGUGCACUAUGGCCCUUUAAGUGCUGCUAGUGGACACAGCCAUGGGACCACACACGCUAACCAGCCAAUCCCUGUUGGAUCUCGACCCGGUUCUACCUUGGCCAGUCUUGUUUGACAAGGGAACUUACUGCCUGUAAAGUCUGUCAAAUAUUAACACCAUUGCUUAUGAAUAAAUGAACACAUGCUAUACAUCUUUAGAAAUUGUAUACAGCCAAAAAUAGUUUGAAUAUGAACUUUUGUUGACAAUUACACUUUUGUGCCAGUUUAUAUUGUGUGUUUAUAUAUAUAUAUAUAUAUAUAUGCAU